AUGGACCAAAGACCCCGAAAGGCUAUGCGCUAUCUUACCUCUGGCCGACGCGACCGGAAUGCUCUCAUCCUGGCAGAGCAGCAUAAGCUCCGAGCCGUGAGGAAAUUGCGGCAUCUGCUUGAGGCAUAUCGCCAAUUUGGCGGCUUCGAUUUGCUGAAAAAGAUCAGGGGUGCUUCCUCACAGCUCGCCGCCUGUGGUGUCAUAUCUGGAGAUACUUGGUCUGCUCAGAUCUAUUUCGCCGGCGUGAAGAUGGCGGUCGGUCUCAUGGGAGGCUUGGAGAAUACGGGCCCGAUGCAGUCAGAGUGCUUAGUGUUUUCACAGGUGGCUGGUGCCUGGUUCGACCGCUCCCGCCCAGUAUUCCACCCUGACGAGUGGGAUCCUGGGGCCGUGGUCUCAACAGAGACUGGCCUUCUGCGAGCCGCGCUCUUCGAUGUCCGAAAGCAGUUCUGCUUCUGGUGCGACAUCGAGGAAGCCACGAAGCUAACAGGAGCAGGCACUGAUCCCCGCUCGCGGUUUCAGCGUUAA